AUGUACGGAGAGCACACAAAGUCUGAACCAGGCAUUAAAGAAAGGCCCGGUAGCAUGUCGGCUAAACUUGGUACGAUUGCUGUUAGAGACAACAGAACUGUCGCCGCACCGUCUGUGAAGCACGCCGUACUUGAAAAGAUUUACGCCGUACCCGGCAACGACUUUUGUGCUGACUGUGGCUCGAAGAACCCGAAGUGGGCUAGCAUCAACUUCGGUGUAACGCUGUGCAUCGAAUGUUGUGCGAUUCAUAGAAGUUUAAGCGUGCAAGUUUCCAAGGUACGCUCGCUGCUGCUGGAUGACUGGGAGCCUGAACACGUCCGAGUUAUGACAUCACUGGGCAACGUACAAAUGAACGGCAUAUACUGCGCAUUGCCCUCGGCCGUUUGUUUUCCGCGGCCAGCGACACCAGACUGUAACAGAGCAGAUAGGAAAGCUUGGAUCGUCGCCAAAUAUGUGAAGCGUCACUUUCUCAGACCUUUGAACGACAUACACCGACAAUUUCGCCUGCUAGCUGUGUUUGACAGUAGGUUCUACGGAAAGUUUUCCGUUGUAUCUUCUUCGAUGGUGAGAUAUGCGAAACUGAGCACGCUGAAGCGGUCUUGCAGCUACCCGAGCUUAAGGGACGUUUUACAUAGUGAAAGCUCCUGCGUGGCGUAUCGCGGGGCCGUGGAAUUUGGUCACUCAGUUAAACUUCCGCUGCGACGAUGUAUGCCAGAAGCGUUUCACUCUUCGCGCACUACUGGUAACGUUGGUUAUCUGUCGAGGCUUUUGGCUGUACUGGAAACUUGCGUUUCAGAAUCUCUUGAUGACCUCGUGCUUCAACUCUACACACGAGUGCUACACUGCUCAGAGUUGCUGUUGUCGGCCGUACGCAGCAACGAUCUGCUGUCCAUGGCGAAGCAGAUCGCGCACGGUGCUGACGUCGACUAUUGCGGCAUCAGAAAUGGCAUUUCUUGCUGCGAAUACUUGUUACUGAACGGCGCCAAUCUGAACAAGCAAGAUCUGGCCGGGGACACACCGCUGCAUCUUGCCGUCAAAAUGGGGCACACUGGAAUCGUCUGUCUGCUGCUGAAACGUGGUGCUAACCAAGAUCUGUUUAAUUGCUCUGGCGAAUCGCCUCUGGCUAUAGGCACGGAACUGGCCAACGCUGACAUCGUCACUCUACUGCGACUGGCAAAGCUGAACGACGAGAUAAAAACUUCUGAAUCCGGCAGUUCAUCGGACGUCGCAGUGGCGGACGUGUUUCGUGAUUUCUCGGACAUCGCCAACCGACGUCAGUCUCUUCUGGACAGACGAGAAGAGCCGGACGCAAAUCAAAACCUCCUUAACCGGGACCGUUUUUAG